AUGUCCAAAUCAGCAAAGGAGAAGAGGCCAUCCGCGUCUCAACAUGUCCAGCAUGACUAUAAGAGACGGAAAUUGUCGCAGUCGACCAAGGGUCAAGCGUACAGCGGCCCAGCAAUACGUGGCGACGCUCUGAAAUGGAAAACAGUCCCGCUGCCAAAGAGACUAGAGGACGCCGAGGGGUUUUUUGGUCUGGAGGAGAUCGAAGACGUCGAAGUUGUCCGGGACGAGACCAAUCACCAUGUCAUGUUUCGCCCUAAAUCACGCGCAGCUGUGGAUGAGGGCAGCAACAAUAAAGAGCUCGACGAGGAAUGGGAGGGUUUCGAUGAUGACGGGGGAGAAACUAAGGGAGGAAGCGCAAAACCAGUCCAGCCAUCGAGUUCUUCGAAGGAAACCUUGCAGUCUUCCAAGAGCGCCAAAGACCUUGAUAAGCAGAAACCGAAACCCAAGCCUAAACAGGAGGAGGACGUUGUUUCAAAUGUCAAGUUUGAUGUUCUACUCGACAGCCUAGAAGACCCCAAGACCGACGUGUCAGCAUGGAAGGGCCUUGAUUUAUCUCCAACAAGCCUUUCGCAGCUCUCCCGACUUGGGUUCGCUCGCCCUACCCCCAUACAAGCCGCGAGUAUCCCGCCCAUCAUGCAAGGCCACGACGUGAUUGGCAAGGCUGUAACUGGUUCCGGAAAGACAUUGGCAUUUGGCAUUCCCAUUUUCGAGCAUUGGCUUUCGAGUGACAACACGGUGUCGAAGACCUCGGCGAAGAGCAAGGAUUCUGUCCUGGCGCUCAUUCUUGCUCCGACCCGAGAGCUCGCGUUGCAGCUCAACAGGCACCUGAAUGAGCUGUGCAUAGGCCUAGAAGACCACCCCAAGGUUGUCGCGGUGACCGGAGGACUCUCCAUCUAUAAGCAACAUCGACAGCUGGAACACGCCGAUAUUGUGGUGGCCACACCAGGACGAUUAUGGGAAGUCAUGAAUGAUGCUUCUUCCGACUACGACGUUGACGCGUUAGUAGAGAGGUUGAAAAAGAUACGAUUCUUGGUGGUUGAUGAGGCUGACCGAAUGUUGAGCGAAGGCCACUUCAAAGAGGUUGAGAGCAUUCUCGAUGCGCUUGAUCGGAUGAUCGUGGACGACGAAGUGGACCAGGAUGACGCGGCGGAAGAGUCGCCGAGUUCGACCAGGCAAACCCUGGUGUUCUCGGCCACAUUUCAUAAGGGACUACAUCAAAGACUCACAGGCAAGCUCAAGUCAGUGAGUCGAAAGAAGAACGACAACAACCUCCUCACCAACCAGCAGUCGAUGGAGUAUCUGCUGCAAAAGCUCUCCUUUCGCGAACAGAAGCCAACAUUCGUGGAUGUGAAUCCCACUACGCAAAUGGCUGCCACACUCGCCGAAUCAAUCGUGGAAUGUCCUGCCAUGAAGAAGGAUCUGUUCCUCUAUACUUUGCUGAUACAACAUCCCAACAAAAAAACCUUGGUAUUCACGAACAGCAUCUCGGCCGUAAAGCGAGUGACAGCAUUGCUUCAGACCUUGAAGCAACCUGCAGUCGGCCUACAUUCGACAAUGCCUCAGAAGUCACGACUACGAUCUUUGGAAAGAUUUGCAGCACAAAGCAACAUCCUGGUAGCCACAGAUGUUGCUGCUCGAGGACUUGACAUUAAGGGAAUUGAACUGAUCAUUCAUUACCAUGUACCCCGUACUGCGGACAUGUAUGUCCAUCGUUCUGGAAGGACUGCGCGUGCAGAGAUGUCAGGGCAGUCGAUCUUGCUCUGCUCACCCGACGAGGUGGCUGGGGUGAGGAGAUUGAUUGCUGAAGUGCACAAGAGUGACGAGGCGCCAGAAACAAUUCAACUAGAGGGUCGACUCAUGCAACGGCUCGAGCCACACGUGCUACUUGCUCAAAGGAUCACCGAGGCAACCCAAGCCAAGGAGAAAACAUCCAGCAAAGAAGAUUGGCUGCGAUCUGCUGCAGAGGAGUUGGGAGUGGACUACGACAGUGAAGAGUUUGAAAGUCAGGGUCAGAGGGGCAAGAGGGGAAGAGGUGGUGGAAGAAUCAAAAAGGAAAAGGACAACGCUGCAAUCAGCAAAGAACAGCUCGCUCAAUGGCGGUCAGAGUUGGACGCGUUGCUAAAGAAGCGAAUCAACUUAGGGGUCAGCGAGAGAUACCUUGCCGGUGGACAAGUCGAUGUUGAGGCAUUGCUCCAGGGACGGACGGAUGGAGUCUUUCUGGAAGGCCGAUGA